AUGUUGAUCUCAAGGUUCGUUUGCCUCACGGUGUGUGCUUGGUUUGGUGGGGGUGUGCUGCUGACCUCAAGAUGCCCCCCUCACCCAACCCCCAAUCUGCUCACCCACCGCUCUAACGUGGACCUCAAGACAAAGUACGGCCCGGGCAAGUGGCGCGCCAUCCAGAAGGACUCUGUGCUUGGCCCUCUUCUCACACACCACUCCAAUGUCGACCUCAAGGUGCGCCGGGCUGGGGUGAAGGACAAGUGGCGCAACAUGACAGCAGCAGCCACUGGCGGUGGCAGCAGCGCCAGUGCAGUGGUGCCCGUGCCACGAGUGCGCGCCCCCAGGGAGCAGCGGGCGGCAGCAGCAGCUGCGCGCGCUGAGCUGGCAGCAGUGGUGGCGAUGGAGGAGGAGGAAGACGCCCUAUUGGCCGCCGCUGCUGGCAGCGACGCUGACGUGGCUGCUGACGUGGCUGAUGGCGCUGAUGAUGGUAGCGGCGCUGCUGACGCGGAUUUUGCUGGUGGGGGGAGUUAUGGGGGCGCAGGGGCGGGGGAGAGCGGAUCUAUGGGCGGGGCUGGGGGAGGGGCGGAUGGGGAGGCAGGGGGAGAGGGCGUGGGGGGGGGCAGCGCGAGCAGUGGGCGCACUGGCAGUCGAGGGGGGACGGGGGAGGAGGGGACGUGGGCCGUUGUACCCUCCGCUGCUGCUGGCGCUGCUGGCAUGGGCCUUGCUGUGGCCAGCAAUGCCAGGUUGGAUGAGGCGAUUAUGAUGGCGGUGGCGUCGCUGGAAGGCUCUCAGGCAGUGCAUGGGUGCUCCGCUGCAGCUGUUGUGAAACACAUUGAGGACCACCAUGCAUCACUGCCCAAUCUGCGCCGCCUGGUCCCGCAUCGCCUCAGAGCGCUCUCAGAGGAGGGUUGCCUGGUGAAGGUGAAGCAGCUCUACUACUUGCCUCGCGACGCACCUCUGGCCCUCCUCUCUCACUGCCACCCAUUGGCAACGGAAGCAACUUUGCUGCUUGCCUCGCGUGCUCACUUGCUCAUUGCGCCAACCCCCCCCACUGGCAGGCGGUCGAGUUGGCAUGGGGACGGGCUGGAUGGGGACAGUGCGGGGAGAGGGGGGUGGGGGGGGAGUGGCAAGUGGGAGAGUGAGGAGGGGAGGGUGGAGUGGGGGAGCCGGGGGGGUGUGAGGAGGAGGGAUGGUCGGAGUGGCAGGGUGGGCAGUGGGAGUGCUGCAGAGAGGGCGGGGGAGGGUAGAGCCAUGGAUAGAAUAGCAGCAGACCUGUCGCAGGCCCACCUCUCCCCUCUGCAGAGCACCCACACGCCAUCUCAUGCUUCUGCUGCCGCCGCAGCCGCAGCCGCCGCCGCCGCCGCUGCUGUUGCUGCAAGCACGGGUCGUGCUGCUCCCAGUGCUCCUACCGUGGGCCAUUUUAAGAAGCUUCGCUUCCCGUCGCAGCAGUCAGCAGAAACAGGAGGAGGCAGCGAAAGAGAACCAGGCAUGCAAGACGAGACCGAAACUGGGAGAGCAGGCGAGUGUGUGGGAGGAGCAAAGGAGGGGAAAGCGGUGGGUGCAGCGCAGAGUGUGUGGUUGCAAGAGCUGGCAAGGAAGGCAGCAGAGGCGAUGGCAGAGGCAGAGGCAGCUGUAGCAGAGGCGGAGGCGGCUAUGAGAGAAGCGGAGGCCAUGGAAGCUGAGGCAGAGGCAGCAGAGGCAACAGCGAGAGAGCUUGAGGCCAGGCGGCAAGCUGCUGCCGGAAAGCGGUGCGUGCAGCAUCUGGCACGGAAGGCAGCAGAGGCGAUGGGAGAGGCAGAGGCAGCUGUGAGAGAAGCGGAGGCCAUGGAGGCCGAGGCAGAGGCAGCAGAGGCAGCAGCACGGGAGCUGGAGGGCAGGAGGCACGCUGCUGCUGUCAGCUCAUAA